AUGUCAAACCAGAAACAUGAGGAUAUCCCUAUAACAAUAUCAUUUAUAUCUGGAGGUAUAGCAGGUGCAGUAUCAAGAACAGUAGUCUCGCCGUUUGAAAGGGUUAAAAUUUUAAAACAAGUGGAAAUUAAAAAUGAUGGAAUGAGCAACAGUGCAAAUAUUUCCACGUUGAUUAAAAGAAUGUAUCAAAAUGAAGGUAUAAAGGGCUUGUUUAGAGGUAAUGGCAUGAAUUGUAUUAGAGUUUUCCCAUAUAUGGCUGUACAAUAUUUAACCUUUGAAACUUUUAAAAAUUAUAUAUUAAAUUAUGAAAAUGCUCGUAACACUAAAGACGGAUCGACAGUAAUAUCACAAUUGACUAACGUGCAAAGGUUGGUCGAUGGUGCCUUGAGUGGUGGCUUAAGUUGUUUGGUAACUUAUCCUUUAGAUUUGGUUAAAACAAGAUUAAGCAUACAAACCACAUUAAACAAUAAGAAUGAGAUUAAUAAGUUGAAACAUCCCGGUAUGGUGGAGCUAUUAACGAACACCUAUAAAAAUGAAGGUGGUAUAAGAGGCUUGUAUAAAGGGUUAUUUCCAACUUUAUUGGGCAUUGUUCCGUAUGUGGCAUUAAAUUUCCAAAUAUACGAGGAUUUAAAAGAAUUAUAUUUGAACCAUUAUCACAUUAACGAACCUUCCAGUUUUAUAAAAUUGACCAUGGGUGCUGUAAGUGGAGGUAUAGCUCAAUGCAUUAUAUAUCCAUUUGACUUAUUAAGGAGAAGAUUCCAAGUAAUUUCCAUGAAUAACGGGUCAUUAGGAAUUCAUUACACGGGUGUAGUGGAUGCUUUGCUCCAAAUAGGCAAAAAGGAAGGCUUUAAGGGUUACUACAAGGGAUUAACAGCCAACUUAUUCAAAGUUGUUCCAUCGACAGCUGUGCAAUGGCUAACUUAUGAAUUGUGUGUUGAAUAUUUUUUCUUAAAGCAGGAUGCCUUACGUGCUUUCUAA